CCUUCCUCCUCCCAGGAGCUGCUUGGAGAUGCUGCUCGUCCUGCUGUUCCUGCUGCUGUUCCUGCUGCUGCUGGUGUUGCUGCUGCUGCCACCACUGGCCGUGCUCCGGCAGCAGCAGCCCCAGGAUGCCAGGCUGUCCUGGCUUGCCAGCCUCCAGUACCGUGUGGCAUGGAGGGCCCUGUGCUGGGCAGCUGCCUGGCAGCAGCAGAGACUGGAGCAGAGCACACUGCACGUGGGCCAGAGCCAGCAGCAGGCCCUGAGGUGGUGUCUGCAGGGAGCCCAGGGUCCCCGCUGUCCCCUCAGGGGGAGCACAGAUAUGAGCACCUUCCGGAAUGAUCUCCCUCUGACCAAGGCCAGCCAGGUCCAGGAGGAAGAAAGUGGGGAGCAACUCCUGCCCCCUACCUCAAACCAGUACCACGGGGAGGCCUCUCUGCAGGCUACCGUGCUGGGUCUGGCAGCCCUAAACAAGGCCUACCCACAAGUGCUGGCUCCAGGAGGCACGGCCCUUGUGACCCCUACCUCCCCCUGGCCCCGCCCCCUCCCCUGGCCUUGGCAUGCCCUGGACCAGGUUAGCCGCCCUGGAGCCAAGGACCCUGGGGCCCUGCUGCUGGCGGCACUGAGGUCCCCAGGGCUGCGGGCACUGGAAGCAGGGACGGCAGUCGAACUCCUGGAUGUCUUCGUGGGCCUGGAGGCCGAUGGCGAAGAACUGGCUGAGGCAAUAGCUGCCGGGAACCCAGGAGCGCCUCUCCCCAGACGGGCGGCUGAGCUGCGGGAGGCCCUGGAGCAGGGACCCCGAGGCCUGGCCCUUCGGCUCUGGCCAAAGCUGCAGGUGGUGGUGACUCUGGACGCAGGAGGCCAGGCCGAGGCUGUGGCUGCCCUGGGGGCCUUGUGGUGCCAAGGGCUAGCCUUCUUCUCACCUGCUUAUGCUGCCUCUGGAGGGGUAGUGGGCCUGAACCUGUGGCCGGAGCAGCCCCGAGGACUCUACCUUCUGCUCCCUGGAGCUCCCUUUAUCGAGCUGCUCCCAGUCAAGGAAGGAGCCCAGGAAGAGGUUGCCUCCACCGUCCUGCUGGCUGAGGCCCAGAAGGGCAAGGAGUAUGAGCUGGUGCUGACUGACCACACCAGCCUUACCAGGUGCCGCCUGGGUGAUGUGGUACGGGUGGUUGGUGCCUACAAUCAGUGUCCAGUCGUCAGGUUCAUCUGCAGACUGGGCCAGGCCCUGAGUGUGCGAGGAGAAGACAUUGGUGAGGACAUGUUCUCUGAGGCCCUGGGCCGGGCGGUGGAGCAAUGGCCAGGGGCCAAGCUGCUGGACCAUGGCUGUGUGGAGAGCAGCAUUCUGGAUUCCUCCAAGGGCUCCGCUCCUCACUAUGAGGUGUUUGUGGCGCUAAGGGGACUGAGGAAUCUGUCGGAGGAAAAUCGAGACAAGCUUGACCACUGCCUCCAGGAAGCCUCGCCCCACUACAAGUCCCUGCGGUUCCGGGGCAGCGUGGGCCCUGCCAGAGUCCACCUGGUGGGGCAGGGGGCCUUCGGAGCCCUCCGGGCAGCCCUUGCUGCCUGCCCCUCCUCCCCCUUCCCUCCUGAGAUGCCCCGGGUCCUCAGGCAUGGACACUUGGCCCAGUUCCUGCAGAGGAGGGUAGUGUCCUGAGCCGAGGCCUGCCCACUGCCCCAUCCACCCUCAGAGGCUGCCUCACUCUUUCCUCUGGGGCCUCUCUGGAUGGGGAGCCCAUGGCCAGGGUCUUUGACUCUGUGUCACCUGAGAGUUGCCCAUCAGAGCUGCUGGGCCUCAGGGAGGUCUGACCUAGUCAGCCAGGCCUGAGGAGUUGACUUCAGGGGAAUAGCAGACACCAGCACUGCCCUGCCCGGAGCCCCCUCAGCACCCCCCAGGAUCCUGGAGUUCUAGUACCCGCUGACGGCUCCUGUGUCUCUCUGCCCAGUGCACUGGGCAGGCUAGAAGUGUUGGGAGUUAAUGCUCCCAGGAGCGGCCCUCAGUCAGCAAGGAACC